AUGAGCAAAAAAUUAAUACGGGAAUUUGUGAGACGAUUUCAUAGAACUAAUAUUAUCUGUAACAAACAGAAAGGUUUAGAUUCAAUCAAAAAUACCAUUAAUAAAGCUUCAACUAAAUUUCCUUCAACAACAGUACUAGACACAAAGGAACAAGCCCAAAAGACCAUUAUUGGAAAUUAUAAUGUUAAGAAAGCAUUAAAAUUCAUUGAUGCUUCUAGUCUUUCAAAUAAAAAUGAUUUAUUGAUUGAUUUACAAGUUUCUCAAAAUAAGUUGGACUGGCAAAUACAAAAAGAUGCAUUGAAAAAAAAAUUCCAAGGUGCUCAUUGGAACCCUCCAAAGAGAUUAUCUAGACAGGAGAUGGAAAGUGUUCGACUGUUAAAGCAGCAGUUCCCAACUAUGACUGCAUCUGAUUUGGCUUCACGUUUCAAGAUCUCUCCAGAGGCUGUAAGGCGUAUAUUAAAGGCCAAAUGGACUCCAAAGGAAGAGGAUUUGGCUAGGAUUGAAUCUCGUUGGAGUCGACGUGGAGAAAGAAUCAAACAGAUGUAUCGGUAUACACACCAAAAUAAAACGUCCCAUUUUACUAAUAAUAUAAAUACCCAACCGGUAAUUACUUUAAAAUAUAAUCCUAAUGGUACUAUUCAUGAUUAUUAUACAAAGAAUGAUAACAAGGAGAAAAAUCCUCAAGGGAAUAAAAAAUAUACUCAGUCGAAGAAUAAAUUUUAUUUGCUACAUAAAAAUAAAGUUUGA